AUGGUUCACAUUGAUGCUUGUCUUGGAAAAACUUUAAAAAAGGAUGGAGAAGGCGUGAUAGAAAGUUUUAAUCUGGUUGCCCGAAUAGGAGACGGAGAACUUGGCAGUGGAGAACACUUUUGGGAAGAAAAUGCAGAAGAACCAAAUAUUCCGAAAAAAGAUAAAACCACUGAGGAACCAAUUAAUAACGACGAGAAUCGAGAACCAAAUCGAAAUGACGACAAUAAUGACAACCCCGAACCAGGAAAAGACAAAAACGAGCCACCAACUAAUAACCAAGAUUCGCCCAUUUCUGACGAUAGUAGCCAAAACCAGCCCACGGAAAAUGGUAACCCCCAAACUCCUAAUGACCAAAACGAGGAUAAAAAUGAUAAUGAUUCUGAUAGAAAUUCACCCUCUUCUCCCCAACAAAUCCUUGUUCUUGAUAAAGGAGCAAAAGAAACCGUUUCAGUGGCUGCUGUCCCAGAAUUACAAGACUUAAAAAAUUAUUUAAAAUCCCAAGGAUUAAAAUCCAUUAGUGCAGCGGAAUUAGGUAUUACUAAUGAAAAAAAGCAAACUGAUGAUAAAAAAAGCGAAAAAUCCCCCCCGCUAAUUGUCUUUUCUGUAAUGGGUAUUUUGUUGAUAAUAACAGCAGCAACCUUAAUAAUUAGAAGAAGAAAACGGAAAAGACAACUGCGUCGGGGCGAACAGAUUAAAUAA